AUGGGCCAAAACAACGACAGUUUGUACACCGAAUCCGAUCUGGAAAGUCUUCGCCGAAAGAUUAUAUCAAAUUUUGACAAAUCGGUAGAAGAGAUCCGCGACAACAGUCGUAAGCGAAGAGUUUAUCAUAAGAACAAAACUUCAAAUAAACGUCCAAAAGAUGGUGAGUCCAGUGACGACAGUGACGACAAUGACAACAAUGUUUCAAUUAAACGGUUCCCAAAAACAAUGUCUUCGCUAUUCCCCGUCCAAACACCCGGCGCUCAGACUAGUGGUCAGUAUUUGGUACAAUUCAGAGCCGGCAAAAUGAUCCGCACCGGCACUACGGUGAGUCCAGUGAAGGACCGCAAAGGACUGGUAUAUCUUUAUCAGAGCGACGACGCGUUGAUUCACUUUUGUUGGAAAGACAGAGAAACCGGACAACUGGAGGACGAUCUGACACUAUUCCCAGAGGAAGCCGUCUUCGAGAAAGUGGUUCAGUGCACGACUGGCCGCGUAUUUGUCCUCAAAUUCUUGUUUAACGAUCGCCGAUAUUUCUAUUGGAGUCAAGAGCCGAACGCCGCCAAAGAUGACGAAUUGGUGGCCAAAUUCAAUGAGUAUAUCCGGAGCCCUCCUUUGCCCAGAGCUAUUGCUGGCGGUGGUAGUCGUGUGCUAUCACCUGAAGACAUACAGACACUCCUCGGCUGCACUACUUUACACUAUGGGGCGACCAAUAGAUUAGAGGAAAUAGUUAUACAUCCGACUCAGGCAGACAUGCCAUUGCUUGCAGGUCUGCGCGAUCCGCAAUUCAUAGCAGCCCUCCAGCAACGCAUCGCGCAGUCAUCGGAUCCAACGGCUGGUAAUUCAGCGCACGGCUCGGCUCAGACUCCACACUCGGAGGCCACCACUUCGACGGCCAAUACGUCGCGCAUAGAGUUGUCUGACUUGCAGUCAGCCAUCAGUGGUCUAAACCAGUCGCCGGCCGUUCAGAGCGCAGACAUUCAAAUGAAUGAGUUGUCAGUACCGGUGGAACCGCAGCCAAGUCCUCAGCCAUCUUCAGCACCAAAUGAACAGCCAUCGGGUUCUAAGCCAUUGUCAGCGCCAAUGGAACCGCCAUCAAGUUCUGGCCCAUCUCUGGAGGGAUUACAACCACUGCUGAGUGACAACAAUUUCAUGGGUCGAGUGCGACGAUCGUUGCGCGACCGAAGUCGAGGCCAGAGCCCCGCCGAUGAUCUGUCGGCUGCCAUUCGAUCCCGUCGUUUGGGUCCAGUCGUCGAGGCGUUUGGUUUGGGACAGGAAUGUGUCGAUGCGGCCAAUGCUGGC